UUUAAGACCCAUUACCUUCCCAUCCGACAGAGGGGGAGUCGGUGGUAAGGUGGCGUAUCGUCUCUCUCCGCGUCCCCCUCCUCGCCGCUUACAUGUGCAAACGGGAGGCAGAGGAGGAAUAACACACACCGUCGGCUUCACUCCGGUUUUCGGAUGAGGGGCACGGGCGCCGAGGAGCGAGCCACGGAGAUGGACCUGUACGGGAUAUUUCGCGACUGACAUGGACAAUACGGGCUCCCCGCGAUGACUGUGCUCCUACCCGUGGCGCAGUGAGGAGCUCUGCCUCGUGGACACAAUUUUGGAGUAUCAACCCUCCUUUAUCCCUUCCUUCCCCAUCUCCCCCUUCCCUUCUUCACCCUCCGUCACUCCCAGCCGCCCACAGAACGGCUUCCCCGUUAGUACUUCUUGCAUAACACAGGAACACAUAAGCAUUCUGAUCGUUUGCCAGGAAGGUUGUGAAGGAAGACUAGUGAACAAAGACAUACAGAGGGAAGUGCUGGGGAAAAACAUAAAGGCAAUAAACAUAGGAUGAUAUGUAGACCAAAGGACUGAUAUUUUUGGAAAACGGAAGAUGUAAAGAUUUAUAUUUUGUACAUCAAAUUUUUAGUACGCGUUAAAAAAAAGGCACGCAGACAAACAUUUUGCACGCACAAUCCCCCAUUUAGUUUUUUCUUUGUCAUCUUGACGCACACGCCAAGGUCUCAUGAUGAUGUGCGAGGUGAUGCCCACCAUUUCUGAGGAUGGGCGAAGUGGAACUGGCGGGGGCCCCUCUCCACCUGCCGGGGCAGGGGUCGGGGGCCCUGGGGGCGCGAUAGGAGGAGGGGGUUUCAGCGGGAGGGAGCCCAGAGGUGGAGGAGAUGAAGGGGGCAGCACGGGGAACCUGGAGUCCCUCAUGGUCAACAUGCUGACCGAGAGGGAGAGGCUGCUGGAGAACCUGAGGGAGACACAGGACUGCUUGGGCACUGCUCAGCUCCGCCUCCGCGAGCUCGGCCACGAAAAGGAGUCACUUCAGAGGCAGCUGUCUAUCGCUCUGCCACAGGAGUUUGCUGUGUUGACUAAAGAGCUGAACGUUUGCCGGGAGCAGCUUCUGGAGAGGGAGGAGGAGAUUGCCGAGCUCAAGGCGGAGAGAAACAACACACGUUUGCUGCUGGAACACCUGGAGUGUCUGGUGUCUCGCCACGAGCGCAGUCUGAGGAUGACGGUGGUAAAAAGACAAGUCCAGUCCCCCGCAGGAGUCUCCAGUGAGGUGGAAGUCCUCAAGGCCCUCAAGUCUCUGUUUGAGCACCACAAGGCCCUGGAUGAGAAGGUGCGAGAGAGGCUCCGCGUGGCCCUUGAGAGGGUGUCCAUGUUAGAGGAUCAACUUGCAACGUCUUCUCAAGAGGUAAUCUCUUUAAGAGACCAAAUUAAAAGACGUCAACAAGGGGUGGACGGCGGGAAAGAUCGGCUACCCAAUGGUCCCUCCUCCAACUUGGAUGACAGCGAGCUGGAGAGACAGAGAGAAGGAGAGAUCGAGCGACAGAGAGCAGAACUCUCCCAGCUGAAGGAGAGGCUGGCCCUCAUGUGCCGGCAGGUUGGGGAAAUCGAGGAGCAGCUUGCAGCCGCCAGGAGGGAGGUGACGAAGUCGGAGGAGGCCAAUCAGAAGCUCCAAAGGGAAGUGAAAGAGGCUCUUUGCCAAAGGGAGGACAUGGAGGAAAGGAUUACAACACUUGAACGCAGGUACCUCAGUGCCCAGAGGGAGGCGACUUCUCUCCAUGAUAUCAAAGACAAGCUGGAAAAUGAGCUGGCCAGCAAGGAGUCCCUGCACAGACAGAGUGAAGAGAAGAACAGGCAGCUACAGGAGCGGCUGGAUGAAGCCAAGCAGAAGCUCCAGCAGACCCUGCAGAGGGCAGAGACGCUGCCUGAGAUCGAAGCCCAGCUAGCCCAAAGAGUCGCUGCUCUCAACAAGGCAGAGGAGCGCCACGGAAACUUUGAGGAACGAUUGCGGCAAAUGGAGGCCCAACUCGAGGAGAAGAACCAGGAGCUACAGAGGGCCAGGCAGAGGGAGAAGAUGAAUGACGAACACAACAAACGUCUCUCAGAUACGGUGGACAAGCUUCUGUCUGAGUCCAAUGAGCGACUGCAGCUCCACCUCAAAGAGAGGAUGGCAGCGCUAGAGGAGAAGAAUGCUCUUUCAGAGGAACUGUCCAAUAUGAAGAAAAUCCAAGAUGAUCUCAUAGCUAAUAAGGAGCAGCUUCUCGCUGAGCUGGAGCGAGUCCAACUGGAACUGGAUCAGCUGAGAGGCAGGCCUGGCUCUUAUUCCAGGGCGGGCAGCGUGAGUUCGCUCCCCUCCACCCUUUUUCGAAGAUCUCUUCCGGGGAGCGCGUCAGAGCUGCGGUACCCCCAGGGUGGAGGCUCGCUCCCGGCCGGCUACACCAACUCCAAUAGUGGGGUGGUGGUCAGGCGGGCGCACCGCGGCCGGUGGGGGCCUCCUAGAGACGAUAGUAACAAGUACGGAGAGUGGGACAGCGGGACUAUGCUGGGUCCUGGGUAUGAGGGCAGCAUGGAGGGAGGCUGCUCUGACGACGAGGAGGACAGGGAGACUCUGUUCGGGUCGGAGCUUCUCUCUCCCAGCGGACAGACAGAUGUUCAGACGUUGGCCAUCAUGCUACAGGAACAACUGGAGGCCAUUAACAAGGAGAUUAAGCUGAUUCAGGAGGAAAAGGAGAGCACAGAGCUGAGGGCAGAGGAGAUCGAGAGCCGGGUGAGCAGCGUGGCCCUCGAUGCCCCACAUCUUCCACCCUCCUCGUUAGGACGGGACAAUGUCGGGCGGGGCUACAUGACUCCCUCCAUCACCUCCUCCACGUUGGCGUCUCCCUCACCACCCAGCUCUGGACAUUCCACCCCCCGCCUGCCACACUCCCCUGCCAGGGAGAAUGACAGACAGAAUAGUAAAGAUGGUGAAGAAUGCAGAGCACUUGCCCUGAUUGACUCCACCCCUCCCCCUGUUCCUCGCGCCCUACGAUUGGACCGAAUGACACACACUCACCCAGGGGCAGGCCUUGAUGACCACCGCGAAUUUCGCAGUCUCUCUGCUGAUGGUGCCAUCACCGCGAGCCAGGAUUCCCUCCACAAAGCCAGCAAAAGGAAAAGCAUUAAGUCGUCAAUCGGUCGUCUCUUUGGCAAAAAGGAAAAGGGGAGGAUCGGUGCGCCUGGGCGCGAGUCUUCCUCACUGGCCUCAACACCCUCUGAUGACCUGGGGUCAGCCGACCCCCUAGGUCUGGCUAAACUUGGGACUGGAACAGUGGAAAAGGACCGCCGUAGCAAAAAGAAGCACGACCUGUUAGAGGAGGCCUGUCGUCAGGGUCUGCCUUUCGCCUCAUGGGACGGCCCCACUGUUGUUACAUGGCUUGAGCUGUGGGUGGGGAUGCCGGCGUGGUACGUGGCUGCGUGCCGUGCCAACGUGAAGAGCGGCGCCAUCAUGGCCAACCUCUCGGACACCGAGAUCCAGAGGGAGAUUGGCAUCAGCAACCCUCUACACAGGCUCAAACUCCGCCUGGCCAUCCAGGAAAUGGUGUCCCUCACCAGUCCGUCUGCACCUGCCAGCACUCGCUCUUCGACCAGUAACAUUUGGAUGACACAUGCUGAGAUGGAGUCUCUCACUGCUGCCACCAAGCCAGAGCAGAAAGAGUUCAGCUGGGACCAGAUCCUGGCUUAUGGAGACAUGAACCACGAGUGGGUGGGGAACGAAUGGCUGCCCAGCCUGGGUCUACCCCAGUACCGCUCCUACUUCAUGGAGUCCCUGGUGGACGCCCGUAUGCUCGAUCACCUCACCAAGAAAGAACUGAGGGGUCAGCUGAAAAUGGUGGACAGCUUCCACAGGGUGAGUCUUCACUAUGGUAUCAUGUGCUUGAAGCGGUUGAACUAUGACAGGAAGGAGCUGGAGAGGAGGAGGGAUGAGAGUCAACAUCAUAAUCAAGAUGUGAUGGUAUGGUCCAACGAGCGAGUGAUGUGUUGGGUGCAGGCAAUCGGUCUGAAGGAGUUUGCAGACAACCUAUUAGAAAGCGGCGUGCACGGGGCCCUCCUGGCACUAGAUGACACCUUCGACUACACUGACUUGGCCCUCCUCCUCCAGAUACCCAAUCAGAACACACAGGCGAGGCAGCUUCUAGAGAAGGAGUACAAUGCUCUCAUCUCCAUGGGAACAGAGAGGAGGCCAGACGAGGACGGCACGAAAACAUUCACACGGUCACCGUCGUGGAGAAAGAUGUUCCGGGAGAAGGACCUGCGUGGUGUGACCUCCGACUCCUCAGAAACAUUACCUGCCAACUUCCGUGCCUCCGCCAUCUCGACUCCCUCUGUCACCCUGAGAAAAGUCCAGAGUGAAGUAAACUCUGGUCCAAGAGGAGAGUCGGGGUCCGUGAGAACAUAUUCCUGCUAAAAGAUAAGCACACCAGACCCCCACUUCCAUCCGAACCCAAGGGAGAUAAACAAAACCUUUUGAA